UUUCUUAUCUCCAACUGAAGAGCUGAAGUAAACAAGGAAGUGCAAUAUUAUGUUUUAAGUUUAUUUUAUUCUUUCUAAAUGAUCUGAUAGAAUGUUUCAGGCCAAUAUCCAUUGAAAAUGUUGAAAUUAAAUUAAAUUUUGACAUUAUUUACACUGUCAUGGAUCGUAUCACCAGAAGUUGAUGUUAGAGGCACCCAUGUUGUCUUGUGACAAUUGAAAAUGUCCCAACAUCAAGAAUCUCCAGUUGUGUUUGCCCAGGAACCUAGUCAGCAUUUUAAAUGUCCAUCCUGUCACAAGUUGUAUAUUGAUCCAGUUAUCAACAUAGGAUGUGGUCAUACAUUUUGUAAAAAAUGCUCACAAAACAUCUCUUCCUGCCCUGUCGACGGAAACCCAUGUGAUCCAAAUCAGAUGGUCGUAAAUAGACUUGUUGUUGGCCAGAUAGAUGAUUUAUUGAUCUACUGCAAGUAUGGAUUGAUAAAGGAGGAAGAUGAUUAUGUACCCGAUCCAACUGGCUGUCAGCAGAAAAUUCAUCUUGGUUCAAGGUCAAGUCAUGAAGAUAGCUGUGAUUUUAUGCCAGUGACCUGCUCUAACAGGAACUGUAGUGCCUCUCUGAGGAAAAGGGAACUAGAAGAACAUAAGAAAGUCUGUGUGUAUCUGACAUGUGUUCAUGAAGACAAGGGUUGUGAGUUCCAAGGUCAACAAGAGGAAGUGAGUGAACAUGAGAAAAUCUGUGGGUACCGGGGUCUACAGAGCCUUUGUAAACAGUCUGCUGGUACAGAACAAAAGACUCUUCAGCUUGAGGAGAGUAACAAAGACCUACAGAAACAGAUUACUACAUUGAACAUGCGUGUUGGUCAGUUAGAGGAGACAAAUACCUCUCUUCAUGGUCAGCUUACAGAAUGUCUUAGUACAAUGAAGGAUAUGCAGCAGAAGUAUGAUGGGCUUGUGUCUACAAUGGAACAGUUGAUGUCUGUGAGAAACAGGAGGUCAUUCGGUUCUCCUGGUAAUACUGGCGAACCAAGGUCAAGGUCAUCAUCACAUAACUUGUACCAUCAAGCCAUUAGUUCAUUCAGGAAGUCUUUGUCAGGGAGUCCACCAACAACCUCAAGAUACGAGAGAUGGAGCAUGCCAUUCCAGUUUAAAUGUAUUGGAACACUAAGAGGACACCAGAAUGUUGUUUGGUGCAUGGCAACCAAAAACAAGAAACUUUUCACUGCUGGAGCAGACUGUUCUAUCAAGGUCUGGGACCUUGAAAAUUUACAGAGAGGAUGUAUCAAAACUAUACAGGGACAUUCAAAUUCUAUACAAUCUAUGUGUAUAGGUGGGAAUUUUCUGUACACAGGUGGGCAUGACAAUGCAAUAUACUGCUGGAGCUUAGACGAUUAUAACCUUGUCAACAAAGUUGAAAAUGCUCAUGACAACAUUAUAUGUGCUAUGGCUGUGAUAGGAGAUUUUCUGUUUACCUCUUCAUUCUCAUUAAUCAAGGUAUGGGAGUCAAAGUCGUUGAUACAGAAGCACACAAUUCCUGGUCUGCAUCACUGGGUUAGAGCUCUGGCAUUGAAUCCUGAAAGGGACAAGUUGUAUAGUGGGUCACACAACACUAUAGAUAUAUGGAGUGUAACUGAACCAUUUGGUUUGAAGGGUAAAGUUGACCACCAGUUUGGAUCCAUUUAUUCACUUGCCAUUACAUCAAAAUAUAUAAUAGCAGGUACAUACAACAGAAAUAUACAUGUAUUCAAUGCAACAUCAUAUGAGUACAUGAAUGCACUCAAAGGUCACAUAGGGGUCAUUCUAAAUUUAGUAGCUUCAGGAUGUGAGGGGUUCUGCUUUUCAUGCUCCUCAGACAGAACAAUAAAGAUCUGGAAUUUAGAGAAUAUGUUACCAAUCCAGACAUUACAGAGACAUGAGGGGAGUGUAAACUCUCUUGUUGUCCAUGGAGAUUUUCUCUUCUCAGGAUCUGAAGACAAAGAAAUCAAGGUGUUCAUGUAUUUCCAAAUGCAGAUGGGAUUUUCAGUGAAUACCUGAGUGGGAGCAUUACAGAUAAUUGCUCAAGAAGAGAUACAGUAUUGACUCUAUUAUUAUCAUGUGCUGAAAUCUUCAUGUACAUUCUGUGGAAUAUUCUGCUGCAAUCUUACUUGUUUAUCAUACAGAGGUGCAAGCCUGGUGAUAGUUGUUAAAAGGGAGGUAGAUCUCAUGAGGUGUAAUGCUGAAACAGCGUAUAGUAAAAUACUUUGCAAUACUUUCACUCCAUGUCAGAUAUGUUUUUGUAUGGUAUUGUUUAUGCAGAACUAGGACACAAAUAGAUUAAUAUAUGUCAGCUGCAUUUAUGAACUUUCAGUGUCAUUUCUGAACAAAGAAUUGUUCCGCAAGGGAGUCCUUUUUUAAUGUGAUAACACAGUAAAUGUAUGCAAACUUGAAGUUUUAUUAUUUUAUUAUGUAAACUAUGAGUUAAAGGACUCUGGCAUUACACAGUGUAAGAGAUCCUUCCUUCAUAGUUGACUUAAGAUCAAAUUGUCGAUAUAUUAACACAUAAACUGACUAUUAUAAGAAAUCUUACAUUUUUUUCGCAUGAUGAUCAAGUUGCAGUUGUGAUAGCGUGGAUACCAGCUUAAUAAAAAGUUAUCUCCCCUUAAUAUUUCCCUCACCAAACACUCUACUUUCUUCUUUCACUUACUGUGAGUUUGCAUUUCCUUCCAGAUGUCAACACACCUCAGUAUGAAAUACAGGGAAAUAAAUAUUUUUACACGGGCAACAAUACCAUGCAUACCUCAUAAAUUUAUUAUAUGUAUAUCAUAAAUUGUGUGAUAUAAAUAAUUUGUUACUUUUUAAUGUUGUCCUUGGAGAUGAGUGGGUGUAGGGGAGUAUUUGGACUUGUCGCAGGAGACAGGUUGGUUGUAUGGAGUGUAUCAACUUGUCAUUGGGGAGGGGUAGGUUGUGGGGAGGGGGGGGUGGGGUAUUUUGACAUGUUGUUGGGGAGGGGUAAGUUGUUGGGAGUAUUUUGACCUGUAACUGGGGAGGGGUGGGUAGAGCGGAUUGUAUCAACUUGUCAAUGUAGAUGGGUAGGUUUUGGGAAUAUUUUGAACUUUCACUGAGGAUUGAUGGUUUGAGGGGAUUUUAUCAGCUUGUCACUUGGAAUGGGUAGGUUGAGGCCGAGUCUAUCGACCUGUCACUGGGGAUGUGUGGGAUGAAGGAAGAGUAUCAACUUGUUGCUCGGGAUGGGUGGGCCGAAGGGAGGAUAUCAACAUGUCACUCGGGAUAGGUGAGUGGAGGGUGUGUUUCAACUUGUCACUGGAAAUGGAUGACUUGAGGGAAGUGUCACUGGGCCACUGAGGAUGGGUAUGUAGGGAGGGUUGUAUUGACUCUUUCAAGGGUUUUAUCUAGUGUAUAAUGUUUGGUAAAGCUAUACAUUUACAUUGUUUUUGUCAGUGUCUUUUUUAUGAUUUAUAGAUACCUUUUUCAUCUACAUUCCUUCAUAUAUAUUUUAGCUCAUUUAUUUUCUAAGAAAAUUAAAAGAAUCCAAAUGGUGCAAUGUAGUCUAUGUUGAAAUUUAGGACCAAACUUUUGAGGUGUUUAUGUCUGCUGUGGUGUUUUCUGUGCUAACAAAGUAUCCUAUGCAGUAUUUAUCUUCUGUUACAUGACCAAGAUAAAAUAUUUCUGACCUUUAGAAUUGUACAGAUUCAUGUUCUAUUUGCUUUUCAAAAUGAAAUAAAAAUUUAUGUUACAUACAA